AGGUUGAUAAAGAGAUGGAUUCCCUCAUGAUGUUUGUUGUGCUACCUCUUCCUCUAGUCAUCUUUCCUCCUCCAUUCUUUCCCUCAUCCCUCUUCUACUCUUCAUCAUUGAAAGAUUCAAUUGUUUGACCGCCAAUUGAUCUCAUCAACCCUUCUUCAAUCAUGAUGUACCCCAAGACCGCCAUUUGUGCGGGAUUGCUUUCUCAAGCUCUCCCAGCAUAUGGUGCCGUUAUGGAAAAGUUGGCCGCAGUUCCUAGCGGAUGGACUGUUGCAGAAACAGAUUCAAGUACAGCUAUCACUCUGGCCGUUGGUCUUGCAAUGCAAAAUAUCGAUCAAUUAGAAGCCAAACUUCUUGCUGUUUCAACCCCCGGAAAUGCGGAUUAUGGAAAUCAUCUCGAUGCUGAUGAGGCUAAUGCUUUGUUUGCUCCUUCUGCCGAUGCAAGUAAUGCUGUUACUUCAUGGCUAACGAGUGCUGGUGCCUAUAACGUUGUGAGCGAUGGAUCGACUGUUACUUUUGCGGCAACCAUUGAGAAGGCCAACUCGAUCCUCAAUGCAACUUUCCAGACCUACACAAAUAAUGGUGUAACGAAAGUCAGAACUACUCAAUACUCGGUUCCGAACCAUCUUGCUGAACAUAUCGACCUCAUCUCUCCAACAACCUAUUUCGGAAAGACCGUGGCAAAUGCUCCAACUAAGGUUACAAAAAAGAAUACCUCAGCUACUAAAGUAACAGUUGAUGCUUCUUGCUCAACAUCCAUCACUCCUAAAUGUAUCAAGGAAUUGUACAAUGUUGGAAACUAUGCCCCUUCAGCUACUUCCGGUAGCAGAAUCGGAUUCGGUAGUUUCCUUAAUCAAUCAGCUCUCUAUGCUGAUCUUUUCCAAUACGAGAGUUACUUUGGUAUCCCAUCACAAAACUUUUCAGUUACUCUCAUCAAUGGAGCUACCAAUGAUCAGAAUCCAGCUACUGCUCAAAACGGAGAGGCUAACCUCGAUGUUCAAAACAUCAUUGGUGUUGCUCAUCCUUUACCUGUUCAGGAAUUCAUCACUGGUGGUUCACCACCAUUCGUUCCUAAUAUUGAUGAGCCAACUGCGGCGGAUAACUCCAAUGAGCCAUAUUUGCCAUAUUAUGAGUACUUGUUGAGUCGACCAAACUCGGAUUUACCACAAGUUAUCUCAAACUCCUAUGGUGAUGAUGAAGAUGUAUGUUACCUUGAUUCUUUUCAUUCUCCAGUUUCAACAUGGUGUUCAUUGCUAACCCAAUAUUCAGACAGUUCCAUAUGCCUAUGCCGUUCGAGUCUGCAACUUAAUCGGUAUCAUGGGUCUUCGAGGUAUCUCCGUUCUCGAAUCAUCAGGGGAUACCGGUGUAGGAGCAGGAUGCGUUGCCAACGAUGGAAAAGACACACCAUACUUCCAACCUCAAUUCCCUGGUACAUGUCCAUACAUUACAUCUGUUGGAGGUACCCAAUCAGUUUCUCCCGAAGUCGCUUGGGUUGAUGGUUCAGGAGGAUUCUCAAACUACUUCCCAACCGCCUGGUACCAAACCGCUGCUGUAGCUGGAUACUUGACCGAACAUAUCACUCCAUCCACAAAGAAAUACUAUGAGAGCUAUACCAAUUUCUCCGGAAGAGGAUUCCCAGAUAUUUCCGCUCACAGUUUAACUCCUGAGUAAGUCACCAUCAUUACCAAUAAUCCCUUCCCAUCUUCUAACACAAACCCCAUAGUUACCAAGUCGUCUACUCCGGCAAACUCUCUCCCUCAGGUGGUACAUCCGCCGCCGCCCCUGUCGUAGCAGCCAUCCUCGGUCUCCUCAACGACGCCCGCUUCAAAGCAGGUAAAUCCGCCCUCGGUUUCGUCAACCCUCUCCUCUAUCUCCUCGGCACAAGCGCUCUUAACGAUAUCACCGGCGGAGGAAGCAUAGGCUGUAAUGGUGUCAAUGGACAAACGGGCGCUAAGAUUCCAGGUGGUGCCGUUAUUCCUUAUGCGACGUGGAACGCGACCAAGGGAUGGGAUCCAGUUACUGGGUUGGGAACUCCGGAUUUUGAGAAAUUGAAGCAGUUGGUUUUGAGUUAUUAGAUGGAUGGGGGGUGGAUUGAUGUUGAGGUUGAGGUUGAGAGCUGAAGGAAGGAUGCUGCUUAGAGGAUGUGGGCGGUGGGAAGAAAGGGAUCUCUUUGAGGGAUUAUUUAUAUGAAUGAUGUGAAUGACUGAUGAAAGAUGAAAAGAUUACAUAGCUUAUGAAGAUAUAUAAGCUUAGCUUUUAGAUGAUAAAUGAAUGAUAAUAUAUUUAUACCUAUCUUUAUAUAU